AUUUGCAAAAUGAUCCAGAAAUCGGUGUCCUCCGAUCUACAGCCUUAUCUCCAAACUCUGCCAGUUACAACAGAGAUUGACAGUUUCGCUGGCAUUGAUUAUAGCUUAGUGGAAGCCCCUCGGGCAACAGCCCAGAUGCUGGAGGUGAUGUUUAAGGGUGAAAUCUUUCAUCGUAACCACCGUUCCCCAGUUACCCUCCUUGCUCCAGUCAUAAACCUUCCCGAGGAACACAACAAAAUGGUCUACUUCGCCCUCUCAGAUUAUGUCUUCAACACAGCCAGCCUGGUUUAUCACGAGGAAGGGUAUCUGAACUUCUCCAUCACAGAUGACAUGAUACCGCCUGACUCUAACAUCCGACUGACCACCAAGUCCUUCCGACCCAUCGUCCCACGGUUAGCCAGGCUCCACCCCAACAUGAACUUGGAGCUCCAGGGAUCAGUGCCUUCUGCUCCGCUCCUGAACUUCAGCCCUGGGAAUCUGUCUGUGGACCCCUAUAUGGAGAUAGACGCCUUUGUGCUCCUGCCCAGCUCCAGCAAGGAGCCUGUCUUCCGACUCACUGUGGCCACUAAUGUGUCCGCCAUCUUGACCUUCAAUACCAGCAAGAUCACUGGGUUCCUGCAGCCAGGAAAGAUAAAAGUGGAACUGAAAGAAUCCAAAGUUGGACUAUUCAAUGCGGAGCUGUUGGAAGCACUCCUCAACUACUACAUCCUCAACACUCUCUACCCCAAAUUCAACGAUAAGUUGGCUGAAGGCUUCCCCCUUCCUCUGCUGAAGCGUGUUCAGCUCUACGACCUCGGACUCCAGAUCCAUAAG